AACGUAACUGCCGAAUUUUUCCUUGCGCGAAUGUCUCCAAAUUUACUUAAAAGCUUAUUUUGCAACAUGAAAUUAGUUAUUUAAUGGAUUUGGAAGAAACAAAGAUAUUAAUAGCCGAUACCAAAGAUGAGUACCGACGCAGAAAUGCCCACUUUCAAGUGCGUCCUCGUUGGUGACGGAGGCACUGGAAAGACAACAUUCGUAAAACGCCACUUGACUGGUGAAUUCGAGAAAAAGUAUGUUGCUACCCUUGGCGUUGAGGUGCACCCUCUUGUUUUCCACACAAACCGAGGCGCUAUCCGGUUCAACGUGUGGGACACUGCUGGACAGGAAAAGUUUGGUGGAUUGCGAGACGGAUACUACAUACAGGGACAAUGCGCCAUAAUUAUGUUUGAUGUCACAUCUCGCGUCACAUACAAGAAUGUCCCUAACUGGCACAGAGAUUUGGUCAGGGUCUGCGAGAACAUUCCCAUUGUUUUGUGCGGCAACAAAGUAGACAUCAAGGACAGAAAGGUCAAGGCUAAGAGCAUUGUCUUCCAUCGCAAGAAGAACCUUCAGUACUAUGACAUCAGUGCUAAGAGUAACUACAACUUUGAGAAACCAUUUUUGUGGUUGGCUCGCAAGCUGAUUGGAGACCCCAACUUAGAGUUUGUGGCGAUGCCUGCUCUUCUGCCCCCUGAGGUUGUCAUGGACCCCACCUGGCAGCAGCAGAUCGAGAAAGAUCUCAAAGAGGCUCAAGAAACAGCCCUGCCCGAGGAUGAUGAAGACUUGUAAAGCUGCCGUCGACAAACUCGUGAAGAAACUUUUUCUCCGUUUUAAGUUUGCUGCAAUGUUUGGAAUAUUCAAUUUUUGCUAAAAAUUGGUUCCAAAAUUUUUAACCUCAAAAAAAUUCUCAAAAGAAUAAAUGGAAAUAAAAGUGCGAGCGAAUUCUGCAAAGUGUUAAAUAAAAUCCAGUUUUAUAUUUAAUUGCAUAUUUGUACUGCCAUUUGGUUGCUUUGACUUAUUUCCCUAAUCAUGCAUGUAUCCAGCUAAUUAUUUUGUGCCCUUUGGAUAGUUCAUGAAACUUAGGUUGGGGAAAUAAAAGCAUAUUUUUCACAAAGGUA